AUGCAUCACACCGGCGGCGUCGGUGGCGGUGGCGGCGGCGGGGGUGGCGGCGCAGGGGGUGGCGGCGCCGGUUACGGCAGCGGACCGCAGGAGCGCGUGCACCAGGCUCCGCGACCGGUCCAGCCUGACAAGUGUCCCUACGAGACCUAUCAGGCGCAAAUCCCGGACUGCUGCGCGGCCGCGGUGGCGGCGCAGGACCCGUAUCCACGGCCGCCCAGCGGCUACGACGGCAGGUGCUACGACGAAUGCCAUCGCAGGACGCCGUACCAGGAGGAAUCCUAUUCUCAGGAUGUAUCCUCGACAUUCCAUCGGCCCCAGUCUAGACUGGGCUACGACGAGCGUCCUCAGUCCCGGGUGGGAUACGCCUCGGAUUCCAGGUGCACCAGCGGACUCGGAUACGACGACACCGGUGGGGGUUACCUGGAUCAAAGUGACCCGAGGAUGUAUUGCACCGGUGGCUAUUGCAUGGGGGAUACGAUGAUGGCGACGAGCAGAGGUGUGUGCGGCGAGGAGGUCGAGCUCGACAUGCGGAGGCACAUUCAGGCCUGCGCCUGCACAUGCAACCACAUGGGCUAUGGGAAUUACAUGGACUAUCAGACCACGUGCCUAACAGAACUGCCAGAUGUGGCGCCGUGCAACGGCACCGUACGGCUACCACCGCCGUGCGAGGAUUCGCCCAGCAGCGGCAGCAGCAAGGAUCGCAGAGACGAGAGUCCUCGCAGGAGAUGUCGGCUGUUGGCGCCUGUCCUGUUCUUAGUGGCCGUCCUGCUCCUCGGAGGCCUCUGUCUGCCGUUUCUACUUCAAUCCGCGCCUGCCACGCACCAGCAGAGGCUGGACGUGAUCAGGAGGAUCCUCACUGAAGUGCCUCUGAUCGACGGAUACGAUAUGAUACGAUACGUUUGUUUUCAGUUUUGGUCCGCCUACGUUCCUUGCGGUGCAGCUCAGUUAAACGCAGUCCAACUCUCGCUGGAACAGAUCGACGUGAUUCGUCGACUCGCCGAAAUGAAUGCUCAACACUUAACCCUGGUUACCUCUGUCAAAGGUCUCAUUGAGGCGCAUAGAGAAGGAAAAAUCGCAAGUCUAAUCGGAGUAGAAGGGGGUCACUCCCUGGGGAAUUCCUUGGGCGUUCUCAGGACGUUUUACGGUCUGGGAGCGCGAUAUCUUACCCUGACACAUGCGUGCGACACCUCCUGGGCAGUCUGUUCGGUUGGCGAGACGAACAACACUCAGGACUCCACGCCGGGUCUCAGUGACUUUGGGAAAGCAGUUGUCAGAGAAUUGAACAGGCUGGGCAUGUUGGUUGAUCUCUCGCAUGUCUCGACAAGAACGAUGAGAGCGGCCCUACAGACUACGAGGGCGCCGGUGAUCUUCUCGCACAGCGCUGCCAGGGCGCUAUGCAAUUCUACCAGAAACGUGCCGGACGAUGUGCUCAGAAAUCUGGCUAAAAACGGCGGAGUGGCGAUGGUCCCUUUUUAUACCUACUUCAUAACGUGCAACAACACCGCGACUAUAAAAGAUGUUAUUGCACACAUCAAUCAUAUUCGAAAGGUGGCGGGGAUCGAUCACGUCGGUAUCGGAGCAGGUUUCGACGGGAUAAAUUUCACUCCCACGGGCUUAGAGGAUGUCUCGACAUAUCCGCAACUAUUGGCCACUCUACUGGAAGAUCCAGCAUGGACGGAGGACGAUAUCAAGAAACUGGCCGGUCUCAAUUUACUGAGAGUAUUUGCGAAAGUUGAACAGGUUCGUGACGAGUGGCACAGAGCGGCGGUAUUACCCGUGGAGAAGAUCAGUCCACCAGACAACUCGGCCUGCGUCUAUGGCGCGUCCUGAUCCUCUUUGAGGACGUUCGUGCCGGGAUUUCUCGACUUUGCUCGAUAGCCGAGGAUCUUACGAGUACCGUGGCAUUACUGGAGCCUGUAAGGACGCGUGCCCUGAAUCGCCAAAAAAUCAUUCUAUGAGAAGAGUUCCAUGGAUAUCUCCAACGGAAACGACCAACUAAUCUACACCGAAAGAACUGCCGACUUCUACUUCAGGGACUCCAUCGCGCCUUAACGAGAGACGAAGAUUCAGCUCGAAAACGCGAUCGGUUCUUCGAAAUUAUGGCGUCGAGAGGAUCCUUCGGAAAAAUCAUUUUUGAGACGACAAGCUUCUCGUUCGCCUGCGACAUCAUUCGGAAAGAAGAUGUCAAGAUCAAGCCAUUCGCGAUAACAUAAAUUGCGGUCACAUUUGAAAAAUAAUUAUCCGCCUCUUAUAAACGUCACUUAAUUUUGUAAUAUUGGACAAGCAUAGUAACCUACUAAUGUUAAAGAAAGAUUAAUGACUGUUUUUUAACUCCGUAUUUCUUGCACGCUUAUAAAUUAUUCAGCAUGAUUUCGCGAUUAUUUGUCAGGCAUUUCCGUCCAGACUUCAAACUUAACUUAAUAAUUCGGAUACGUAUUCAUCAUUUCGCAAUUUGCAUCACGAGCAUUAAAGCACACAUGCUUUAUAUAUGCCGUACUAUAUAUUCUAACUUGAAACAAAUAAUAAUCAGAAAACACACGGAAAUAAAAGCAUGAAUCACGAUUUCGUAACUUUCGCUUUAUAAACUACAUUUUUUUGGCGCACAAAGUAAAUUCACAAAGACAUAUAGCCAGUUUAUAUUCGAGUUAUUUUAUGAAUCGCAAGAUGGUCGGAAAAAUCCUCAAAAAUUUCUCCUUGAAAGAGAUAAAGACUAAAUUUGCAGCGCACACUUAGUAUCAAUUAUGGCUGCCUGAUUCUCAUAUCAUGCGUUUACAGCACACGCAACACACGAUAUUUCCACAUAUUAGAUUAAUGAAAUACAGAAUCAGACAGCCAUAUAGCGUUAAAUAUGCAAGGAUACGGACAGAUUGUACAUGACAACUAUACGUGAUUAAUCGUAUAAAAUUCCUGACGUUAAAACGAAGUACGUAUUUGAAUGCAGCAAGAUUAUCAUUGCAGCCGUUAUAUGAUUUUUUUAUAAUUUGAUUUGAGAACAAAUAUAAACGACAUUACCAUCAUACAUCAAACAUAAUUAGAUAAAAAACUCCUUAAACUUUUUUAAUUUGCAACAUUAAAUAAAUAUUAAAUAAAAAUUCUUCUUAUAUAAAGUUGGUUUAAAAUUAAAUAUACUGCGAAUAAAAAAAGUUUCGUUAUACCUGUUUGUACUCUUCGAAUAUAAUAUACAAAAAAUUACUUAUAUAUCCAAUUGCUUAUAAUUGAGAAAUUAUUGAUAUUAGUUUUUAAGGAGAAAUGACUCCACGUUUGUCAAUGAAUUCGCUAUCAAUGGCAUUUGCCAGUACAGUUUUAAAAUGCCCUAUAUAAUAUAUAACGGUCGAGUCAGACAAGUGCACUUAUAAUGUGCGAAUAUAACGAAAUUUCCAAGGAAAAAAUUAAAAAUAUGAGACAGAUACCAAGUUUCUAGCGAUAAACUAAAAAUUCCGAAAAUAGCUUCCACGUGUCACUAAAAAAAAAUAUCAUACAAAACUCGUUUUAUAACAAGCUUCUAUAAUUGAUUGCAAUGCAAUGAAUCGCAGUUUCGUAUUAAUUCCGCAUUGCUUCUAUAUUUUCACCUUUCACACGAAAAUUAACUGACUAAACUAACUUUUACUAUGUCAAAGAUAAAAACAUCCAGAUAAUACAUAUUAUUGUAAAGGCAUCAUUUGACACUUUCAACUGAAUCAAUUUGCCAAAGAAUGUUGACUAUUCCUGAAAUCUGUUCAACACGCAGCUCGUAUCAUAAUUUCAUGCUAUUUGAUUAUGGUUACGCUUAUAUACAUAACAUGAUUUGUUGCCGAUAUUAAACACUGCCGAGCCACGCUUAUACUGAACUUUACGAAGAUAUUGAUUUACAUCUAUGACACAUUAUUUUCAGUUUCAAAAAUAUAGUAACACUUUUUUUUUAAUUGACAACUGAAUAAUUACGAUUGAAGAAUUGCCAAUUAUGAUUUGCAACCAAAAUGUUUUUACAUAUUUACGGAGACAAGUUUAUCAAAGCAUAAUGGAUUGGGUGUUACGCCAUUACAUUUUGCUCGAGUUCCACCGUUCACUUGCUGCACCGAUUGCACGAACCGUCGUUCUGAAUCGUCCUACAGCCAUAAGUGCUUUGAGAACAAAAUCAGUUUUACAAAUCUCAUGCAACGCGUAACGCGACCUAUAUUCUUCGCAAGUUAUGUUACGUAAACUGUUAAUAUUGAAAAUGGCGUGGAAGAAUUUUCAGAAGAACUUACGAAUACAUUGCAUGAAUUUGUAUUUCAGAAUUUAGGACGCGUCAAACUUGGACUCAUGCUACUUUCAAAAUAGCUAUAUACGACCAACAACUCCUGGAUGCGUCGCGAAUAGUUUCGUGACUUUCCUCAGGACUGUGAUAUUUUCCGCGGGCCUCGUGAAACAUUUCGUGCUUCCACCUAAACAAAUCGGGACGCGUCGCUGAAGGGAGAAAAUGUAUCGUUGAAAAAAAUCGCGUAUGUACGAUUAUUACGAGUCGAAGAUAUAGGUACGUUACGGUCAAUGAUUCAUUAAACUGAUAUAAUAGUCGGUUUAACUACAUAUGAAAAUGCUUUUUAUAUAUAAUAAAAGAUAGAAAAAAAUAUAGUUUGUAGAAGAUACUUCAAAAAUAUUUCCAAAGUCUAACAAAGACAGAAGAAAGUGCUUAAAUUUUUUUUUAUUUUGCACGCAUGUAUUCUGUUACAAACCAUAAAUCUGCUUCUAUAAUUGUACGAAAAAUUUAUAGAAAAAAGUAUAGCUCAACCGAUCAUCAUAUCACUUUAAUCGAACGAAUUGCGAGACAAUGCAAGAAGAGAAGCGUGUGCAUUUAGUAGUUUAGAUGCGCCGAAAUCUUCAAAUUACAACUUUGUAAUAUUGCGUUAAUAUUGAUAGCAAAGGAUAGAUUCGUAGCAAAGACGACGAGAAACAUAGCUUAAUCUAUCGUGGACCGUACAUCUACGAGAGAAACUUCUCCAUACGUAAAUACUUUACUGAAUAUUCUUAAUGCACAAGCAUACCCGCGUAUACACAUUUGUGUAUUGUGCAAAACGAUUGAUGCCUUCGAUGACUCGCGGCGUUAUUUUACGAGCAACGGAAUUUUCGUCCGCACGAACUGUCAAAGAACUAGACUCUUGACGAGAAACAUGUUUUUGCAACAUUAGAAGAGUUUAAAAAGCUUAGUCAUUAAUUAAAAAUAUAUCGUUGGCUGUACUCUUCCCCGCGACUGCAUUUAAAUCUCAAUUCAGCAAAAAAAAUCCUUUUUUCGAAAUAAAGCUAUCAGCAUGCAUUUAUCCCAAGAGAGAUCUAGCAAAUACAAUUUUAAAAAUUAUUAAAAAAAAGUUUACAAUUUUAAUCGAUAUUAGCGAGACGCAGCUCCCUUUUACAUACAU